CUGAACCGUCCACACAGACUUCGACGGUGGACCGGGCAACUCCAGCUCUGUUCGCAGGAUGAGACCCAGAACGCGCAGUUCCAAGGUCGAGCUGCGUCGGGACUAUGGGAGUCGCUCGCUUCUCACUGUCUCACAGGCUGCUUACUAUGACUGCCAAGGGUAGCGACGCAACCCUCUGGAUACCAAGUCCUGGGUGAGAUUCUGGUUGGCAAUGUCGACUCUGUGAGCCAUGGGUGAGAUGGACGUCUAAGAUCUAUUCUUCUCUUUUCUUUUCUUCUCUCUCACAUAUUUACCCUGUUCUGCUUUUUCUGCUUCUUUGCUGUUCUUGUAACCUAGAGCCGUGCUCGGGAUUUCCUUCUUUUCGUGGCGAACAGGUUGUCAGGUCGGGCCUUGACACUGUUUCGUUCUUUAUAUAUAUAUGUGACUUAUCAUUUAUAUGAACAUUCUUUUGGUACAUAUUGCAUUUGUUUUUUUCAUCCGUCUUUUCCCGUCCUUCAUUGACGUCUCGCCCCAUCGCAAAGAGCUGGAUAUAGACGUUCAACACAGAGAAAAAGCCUGGCACUAUGCUACUUCUCCAUUCUCUUACACUACUAUUGCUUUUCGGCUAUGAUGUGUUCGCUGCGCCGACCUCUUCGCCGAUUCAACAGCAACGCCGUUCGUUCAAAGUUGGAAGGGUACGGCGAGAUGGCUAUAUUCCUCAUGGAUCGACUGCUCUGCGAAGGGCAUACCAUAAAUACGGCAUAAUUCCCAGGGAUUCGGGGUGGGAUUCAUUGGACUUUGAACCAGCGAAGCAGACAAGGUCCGCUGAUGCGUCGGGUUCAGUUAGCGCAACGUCGACUGGUUCUGAAUUUGUUUGUCCGGUCAAGAUUGGAGGGCAGACGCUUGUGUUGGACUUUGAUACUGGUUCAGCGGACAUGUGGAUAAUGAAUUCGCAACUUCCGCCUGAAGCGACAGUGGGACACACGGUAUUUGAUACGUCCAGAUCGCCUUCAUUCAAACUGAUGGAAGGGGCAUCCUUUAAUAUCAGCUAUGGGGAUUCAUCCUUUUCUUAUGGCCCAGUUGGCACCGAUACCGUUGAUAUUGGCGGCACGGUGGUUGAGAACCAAGCUUUUGGACUUCCCACGGCACUGUCUGAUUCCUUCAUCCACGAUACGGCGUCAAACGGACUAGUUGGCCUGGCAUUUUCGUCUCUCAGCACGGUCAAGCCAGAGAAACAGAAGACCUUCUUCGAGAAUGUUGCUGAGAGUCUUGACGAGCCUGUUAUGACAUCGUUGCUGAAGGGCGGCAGCGGUGGCGAGUACGAAUUCGGGACGAUCGAUACAGCAAAGUACCAAGGUGAAAUGAUAAAUAUCAGCGUGGACGUCUCCAAUGGAUUCUGGCAGUUUGAGAGCGCCAAAUUUUCCAUAGGCGAUGGCAACGGGGAUCUGCAAGACAUCAAGACCCCCACUUCCAUCGUCGACACGGGCACAUCGCUCAUGCUAGUCAGCCCUGAAGUGGCCGAAGCUUACUAUGCGCAAGUCGAGGGUGCAGUCUUGUCUAACGGUGCAGGUGGUUUCGUCUACCCUUGCGAUUCUGAACUUCCCAGUCUCUUCGUCGCUCUCGGUGGAGAGGGUAUGGCCAGAAUCCCGGGCUCGGACAUGACCUUUGGCCACGCCGGAACCAACAUAACUACGGGACAAGCAUUGUGCUUUGGUGGUCUGCAGUCGAACCAGGGCAGUAAUUUGCAGAUCUACGGGGAUACCUUUUUGAAGUCUUUGUUCGUCGUGUUUGAUAUGAGAGGGCCUUCACUUAGGAUGGCAGUUCCUGCAUGAGUGGCAUUUGCAUUCCUGUAUUUUGAUUCAAAUUAUCAUUAGCAUUGCAUCUUGAUUCAUUUGUCUACAGCGUAUAUAGUUAAUAAAAAAGGAAUAUAGUUCCUGAGGCAGCAAUGACAUCUGCUGAGUCAGCGGUGCCCUAACUGGCCUGAAACAGCCAUAGCCCUACCGCUCUUUUGGACGA